AUGAGAAGAAGUACUAUAUUUGGAGCACGUGAAGCAGGGCCUGACGCACGGUGCUGUGGGAGCGUUGGCCGUUAAUGUGCCUGUUUCUCCCUGUGCCUCCUCCAGCUCAUGGCUAUGGACAGUGCUAUCACCCUGUGGCAGUUCCUCCUUCAGCUCCUGCAGGAGCCGCAGAACAAGCACAUGAUCUGCUGGACCUCCAACAACGGGGAGUUCAAGCUUCUGCAGGCGGAGGAGGUGGCUCGGCUCUGGGGGAUUCGCAAGAACAAGCCUAACAUGAACUACGACAAGCUCAGCCGAGCCCUCAGAUACUAUUAUGUGAAGAAUAUCAUAAAAAAAGUGAACGGUCAGAAGUUUGUGUACAAGUUCGUCUCUUACCCGGAGAUUCUGAGCAUGGAUCCGAUGAAGGUGGGCAGGGUUGAGGGAGACUGUGAGGCCCUGAGCGGCGGUGAGGGCGGCGGCGGCUCCAGAGACGCGGAGAGCGGAGGGAAGGAGCGGCCCCCGCAGCCCGGUGCCAAGGCCUCGAGCCGCAACGACUACAUACACUCCGGCUUGUACUCUUCGUUCACCCUCAACUCUCUGAACUCCUCCAAGAGGAAGCUCCUUAAGUCUAUAAAGAUUGAGAAUCCGGCUGAGAAACUGGCAGAGAAGAAACCUCAGGAGCCGGCACCAUCCGUCAUUAAGUUUGUAACCACGCCUUCCAAAAAGCCACCGGUGGAACCUGUGGCUGCCACCGGUUCAACCGGCGACAGUAUCUCCCCGUCUUCGGAAGACACUCUCCAAGCGCUGGAGACGCUGGCUUCCCCCAAGCUGCCUUCCCUGGAAGCCCCGGCCUCGGCCUGCAGUGUCGCCGCCGCGUUUCCCAGCACCCCUGUCCCGUCCCCUUCCUUCCAGGAGCCGCCCAGGACACCCUCCCCGCCGCUCAGCUCCAACCCGGACAUCGACACGGACAUCGACUCUGUGGGGCUGCCAGAGAGCUUGGCACUGGAGCCCAAGGACCAGGACUCGGCCUUGCCGGGGAAGGACAAAGCCAACGGCUCAUCCAGAUCGAAGAAGCCCAAGGGGCUGGAGCUGGCCCCCAUCCUCCUGAUCACGGGCAGCGACCCCAGCCCCCUGGGGAUCCUGAGCCCCUCGCUCCCCACAGCGUCUCUCACGCCAGCACUGUUCUCACAGACGCCCAUCUUACUGACUCCCAGCCCCUUGCUCUCCAGCAUCCACUUCUGGAGCACCCUCAGCCCCGUCGCUCCCCUCAGCCCGGCCAGACUGCAAGGUGCUAACACGCUUUUCCAGUUUCCUUCUGUUCUGAACAGUCAUGGGCCGUUCACUCUGUCUGGCCUGGAUGGACCUUCCACCCCCGGCCCCUUUUCCCCAGAUCUGCAGAAGACAUAACCGAUGCACUUGCAGAAAGAGAACCAAGGAACAAAGGAACAGAGGGACACUCCGCAUGACCGCCUUCGAAGUGAGUGAUGGAUGGUUCCACGUGCUGGUAAUAGAUGAUCGUGACUUUUGCUAUUCCCAUCGAAAUGCCUUGUUAGGAUUCCCUUCCAGGAAGACUUACGUUGGACUGUGCUUGAAAAUGCCUUAAUUGGAGUCUGAACUCCACCUCCCUCUUUUUCUCUUAUUUUUCUAACAAAUACUUGAGCUUUGUGUUAAGGACAUUUUUGGUGGGGUUUAGCAGCUAGCUAUGUUUUGCAAGAGCAGCUAAGAACAAAGUUAUUCCUUCUGCCUUAUUGGGACCCUUUGGUCAGAAAAAAAAAAUUCCGCUUUGAGCAUAUUAUUUAAAGUAAUACGAGUUAAGUGAAAUUGGCCAUAUCUCUAAGAGUAAGUGUGCUUUGUUGGAUAACGAGAAGUGAGCUGUGCAUAAGCAGGAGAGGAAAAAGAGUGAUUUCUGUUCACUCGGAGGAAGACUGGAGCAGUGCUCUGGGGGUGGUUCUGUCUAUGUUGCUGUGUAGUCUAACCUAUGAAAAGCAACUCUGCAAAGAUGCAUCCUACUUACAUUUGUUUAGGAGGGUCUCUCGGCCAUACAUACGUGUGAUCUUGUCCUGUCUACAGAGCAUGGAGCUAGUCCAUUUUAACGGAGGGAGAUUUUUAAACCUGGAGUGAGAAUAGGGGACCCCAUCUCUCGCACAGAAAAGCGGGCUGCUCGCUGGGUGUUAUAGUUCCACAUCCGUGGGCGACAGCGUGGUAAAUGACCGCUUCUAGGAGAAUAAGCCCGGGCUUUGAAAUUUAGAGGCAUCCCUGAGUAAAAGAUCCAGUUGAAGAACUUGAAACAACGUGUGGCUUUUCCCAGUUAGAGGAUACAUCCCGGCAUGAAGGACCCUUUCUCUUUCCUGUUCAUUGUACCUCAUUUUCCACUGUAUGUUGCUCUUCUUUCAAAUGUAAGGUUGGGAGAGGCCGUGAUAGUUUUGAGGAUGCAAUUAGGAAGAUGAAAAGCCUCCAGAUCUGUAGUGAGGUAAAGGUGUGCUGAUGUCUUUGCAUGUUUCUUUUUAAAUUAGGGAGGAGCAGAAUUCCUUUGGGAAUUCUCAUGCAUAGGAAUUAGAUGGUUCCUAUUAGU